AUGAGCUCUAAAAAAGACCAAUUCCUGACCGCGUGUCGCAACCAAAAGUUGGACACGGUCCGUUGGGGGAUCAACGCCGGCGGGCAACAACCGUCCUCGCGCGACGAAAACGGCAUGACCGCUUUAAUGAUUUGCGCCUCCUUGAACAAACACAAAGCGUUGCAGAUGCUUUGCGACUGGACUCGAAGGGCGAGAAUGCGAGAACAACUGGAUUUAACCGACGGGAACGGGGACGGCGUGACCGCGUUAAUGAUGGCGGCGAAGUUUGGGCACGAAGAAUCGUGUUCGGAACUGUUAGACGCCGGGUGUGACUUCAAGGUAAAGUGUGGACGAGGGAAGACGGCGGCGGAUUACGCGAGAGCGGAAGGGAAAAACGAAAAGUUGGCACGCCUGAUCGAACGAGGCGGGGAAGAAAGCGAAGAGGAGGAAGAAGAGGGAGAGGAAGAGGAAGAUGCAAACGCAGUGGAAGGCGAGACGGCGACGCAAAGAAGCAAGAGGAAGAAGAAGGAGAUGGAAGCGAAGGAGCGCGGCGGCGGCGGCGCGGCGGUCGCGGCGAAGGAGAGCAAGAAGGGAGAGAGCAAGAAGGAUAAGGACGAAGAGGAGGACGACGGGAAAGAGGCGCCGGAACCGAAAUGGCCUGAAGUGAAGAAGGCGAUGAAGGAAAAAGCGAAGGAAUUGACGAUUUCGAGGAAAUUGGAAGAUGGGGAGGAAUUGGAUUUGGCGAUGUUUUAUUGUUCGAGCGUGAACACGCUGAAAAUCGAGUGCGGGAAAUCGUUGACGAGUUUACCGAAAGAGAUUAAAAAACUGAAAGGUUUGUUGACGUUGAUUGUGAGCGAGAACGGGUUGACGAGUUUACCGAAAGAGAUUGGAAAGUUGAAGAACUUGAGAGUGUUGGAGUGCGAGGGGAAUAAGUUGGAAGCGUUGCCGGAGGAGUUGAGCAAGUUGCAAAAUUUGGAAAUCUUGCGUUUAGGGAGGAAUCAGAUCAAAGAUUUGAGCGCGUUGAAAAAGAUGAAUAAUUUAGUAACUUUAGUGGUGGAUAACAAUCGAUUGCGAACGUUGGACGAUUUCGAUUUAGGCUCCAAGUCGAGGUUGAUUACUUUGAGCGCAAAUAACAACGAAAUCGUGGAUGCGCCGUCGGAUAUCGGGAAGUGCACGCUGUUGACGGAAAUCUUGUUGAACAAGAACAACAUCGAAGAGUUACCGGGAGAGUGGGGCGAGUUGAAAGAGAAAAAAGUCCGUGAGAUUGAUUUAGACGAUAAUCCGAUCAAGGACUCCAAGAUUAAAAAGAUGAUGGGGAAGAGCGAUAAGUUCGUCAAGGAGCUCUUAACGUACGUGAGAAAAAAUUGCAAGACGGGAUUGGCGAAGAAAGCCGGGAACGCGGUGAAAAGUUCAAAGAAGAAGAAAGAAGAAAGCGAAGACGAAGACGAAGAAAAAGAAGAAAAAGAAGAGAAGAAAGAAGAGACGACGGGAGACGCCGGAAAAGAAGAACAAGAAGAACAAGACGGCGACGUUUCUGAGACGGAAUCCGAACUCGAAGAGCGCAUGUCCAAAAUGUCAAAGAAGGAAAAAGAAAAGUUCAAACGGAAGCUCGUGGAAAAACAAGCGGAAAAAGCGAGAAAAGUAGCCCUGGAAAAACGCUUGAAAGAAGACGCGGAAAAUUUGAAACGCAUGGAAGAGUUAGUCAUUAGCGGCGCCGGGAAUAACGACGACGGCGAAGAUUCCGACGAACCCAUCGACUCGGACGACGAAGAAGCGCUCUUGGCGCGCAAACAAAAACAAAAGCAAAAAUCGAAACCGACGUUCAUGUACGCCCUCACGGACGAACAACGCAAGGAAGCGGAAAAAGCGGAAGCCAAACGAUUAUUCGAAAAAGAAAAAGCCGAACGCGAAGCCGCGGAAGCGCUCAAACGUAAAGAAGAGGAUGCCAAAAAUAAAGCGAAAGACCUCAACGCGGUCAAACUCGACGGCGACGCCGGAAAAGACGGUCGAUACACGUGGUCCUACGCCAACGGUAAAUUCGAUCGGUCCGUGACAAAAACACCUCCAAAAACCGAACACACCAUCGAAGUCGUCAUCCCAAAACUCAUUUGCGGUCGACUCAUCGGUAAAGGCGGAGCGACUAUCAAAUCCGUCUCCGAGCGAAGCAAAGUCGUCCGCGUGAACAUCGACGAAACCAAAGGAGGCGCCGGGAACAGCCUGUUAGUCGUCCAAGGCUCGGAAAGCGCCAUGGAAAGCGCCAGGAUGUUGUUCAACAACGCCAUGUAA